CACUUUACUUCCAUCCUGACACCUAUCUGCUCCGUCAUCUCCUUCCUUUUGCAACACCCUUCCUCUCCUCGCAUCUUUGUCCAUCUGUCUCCUCCUCCACCUCCUCCAUCUCUCUCUUUCUCUCCUCCCUGCAUCCUCUAAUCUCCUGUCCCGCUCUCUCCAAUAGUUUUCAGCCUCCUCUCCAUGCCCUGCAGACCACAACGCUCCCCCUCUCUCUCACCUCCUGUCAGCCUGUCCGUCAUCCUGGGAUCUACGGAGGCAAGCGGGACGCCGGUGUCGGCCAUGAAGAUGGUGAACAGGGGAGGAGGAGGAGGAGGUGGCGUUGGCGGAGGUGGCAGCAGAGGGGAGAAGACUGCCUUUUCCUUCAAGAAGUGCUCUGCUUUCCAGUUUGUCAAGAGGAAGGUGAGAAGAUGGAUGCGGAACCCAAAGGUGAGCGUGGAGAAGGCCCAAGGAAAACGUCUUCUCUAUUCCUGUCCAAAGUGUCCACUGGCAGACGAGCUGUGGUACACCCAUUUCCCCUCACCUUACGGCUGCUGCCACUAUGCGGGACUACAGGGAGGUCACUACUUUCAUCAGGAGCCGUCAUCACCAUGCGCCACCAUCGGACAAACCACCAACCAUGAAAAGGGCAAAGGCUGCAAGAUCAGGAAGUGGAAGAUGCUGACUCGGUAUCACGGCGACGGCAAGCAAAAGGAAGCCGAGUCAGACAUCCAGCUGGGGGAUUGUCAGUGUUGGGGAGUCCAUCCCACGCCCCUUUUGGCCAUUCCUGUCAUGCUGGAAUGCUCCAUCUGUAGUGGACCCUACAUCAGCUACGCACUGGAGGACACCUGGCAGCCACGACAACGCACACAGGCAAUGGACCUGUAUUAUCAGAGUGAAUCAGAGCCAGAUAACUACUGUUGCACUGCCAGCAGCACUUUUAUGAAACAGAGAAAAAUGGGCUUGAAUGACAUCAUUCAGCGCUUUUCCACAAACUCCUACGCCUGCAAACAUCCUGAAGUUCAAUCCAUUCUGAACUUGAACCCUCCUCAGGAUCCUGAGCUCAUGAACGAGAACCCUUCUCCUCCGCCCAGUCCAACCCAGCAGAUCAACCUCGGCCCGUCAUCCAACCCCUCGGCCAAACCUAGCGACUUCCAUUUCCUCAAGGUGAUCGGUAAAGGUAGCUUCGGCAAGGUCCUACUGGCGCGCCAUCGCGCAGAUGAUGAGUUCUAUGCAGUCAAAGUCUUGCAGAAAAAGGCCAUCCUCAAAAAGAAGGAGGAGAAACACAUCAUGUCAGAGAGGAAUGUGCUGCUGAAGAAUGUCAAGCACCCGUUCUUAGUGGGGCUGCACUACUCUUUCCAAACGGCAGACAAGCUCUACUUUGUCUUGGACUACAUCAACGGUGGCGAGUUGUUCUACCAUCUGCAGAGAGAACGUUGCUUCCUGGAGCCCCGGGCGAGGUUCUACGCCGCGGAGAUCGCCAGCGCGCUAGGUUACCUCCACUCCCUCAACAUCGUCUACAGAGACCUGAAGCCAGAAAACAUUCUUCUGGACUCUCAGGGCCACGUCAUCCUGACAGAUUUCGGCCUGUGCAAGGAGAACAUCGAACAGAACGAGACCACGUCCACCUUUUGCGGUACACCGGAGUAUUUAGCACCUGAGGUUCUUCACAAGCAGCCGUAUGACAGAACGGUGGACUGGUGGUGUUUAGGAGCUGUUCUCUACGAGAUGCUCUAUGGCCUGCCACCGUUCUACAGCCGUAACACCGCAGAGAUGUACGACAACAUCCUGAACAAGCCGCUGCAGCUCAAACCAAACAUUUCCAACUCAGCCAGACACCUGCUGGAGGGUCUCCUGCAGAAAGACAGAACCAAGCGGAUCGGCUGCACCGACGACUUUGUUGAAAUUAAGAACCACAUGUUCUUCUCCCCCAUCAACUGGGACGACCUCAACGCCAAAAAGAUUACCCCUCCCUUCAACCCCAACGUGACUGGUCCCAACGACUUACGGCACUUUGAUCCAGAGUUUACAGAGGAACCGGUGCCCAGCUCCAUCGGCUGUUCCCCUGACAACGCGUUUGCGGCGACGAGCAGCAAAGAGGCUGCCGAGGCUUUCCUAGGCUUCUCCUAUGCUCCGGAUACGGACUCCUACCUAUAGGAUUGUAACACGGGUGCUCUCUAUAUGGAGGGCUGCCGCUUCAGACUUAUCGGACAUGAACUGUGAAGUGUCCAUUUACUUGCAUCUUGAUGUUACUCCAGAUUUUCCAACUGGAUGGUGGAUACAACACAACCAACCCCUGCAACAGCUCUACAAGAACAGACUUUUUUAUACCCUGCUGUAAUUUCGCCAACGUUCUAUUGCAAUUUUGUGAUGACUUGCUCCUAUUACACCGACUCAUUUGGGUUUAACUGUAAUCCUUCAUCUUACCCUGAACACCAAAGGUUCUUCAACUAUCCACGUAGAUCCCUUCAGCACCUCCUGAGUUUUACCCAGGGUCCUUUGCACCUAGUUCAGACCGUUUAAAAGCUCCAGCAAACCAGAUGCCAAAAACCAACAAGCACACAUUUUCCACAUUUUCUCAAAGUAGUAAAAAUCAGGCUGAUACCAGUCUAUAAAACAAAUUAUGCCCUCAUCUUUAUAUUGAUAUAUACACACCCCCCUUUUUUAUCCUUUUGGGGGGACUACCUGUUGAGUUUGAAUGAGUAGCUUGGAGAUUAUUCUUUUUGGUGCUUUAGUUUCUUCUGUUAUUUAAUUUUUUUUACGUCUGAAAAAGGGAGUUAUUUAAGAUGAAUGUUACAAGAAAGGGAUGCUUUUUUCUCAAAAGGUGCCUUUAAUAUUAUUUAUCUCUGUCUAAAGUUGCAUCUUUUGGCACAGAUUAAAGUUUUCCAGGAAUGGAACGUUUCUGGUGAGGCAUGUUUGACUUGCCAUAUUAGAGAAAGUGCUAACCAUUGUUAGCAUUAGCAUAUGCGCUCAUGCGACACAGUUUAUUGCUAACCCUUUAGGAAGCAGCGCCAACAACCAAGGUUAGCAAGGAGCAGAACGUUACAACAUUUUUACUGACAAGGCAUGUUUGACUUUGUGUCAUUUUAGACAAAACACUAAAUGUGAUUAGCAUAUGUGUUUAUUCUCUACAACUGUGGUUGACACUAAGCCUUAGGAAAGCAGCUAGCAUUAGCUGUGUUUAGUGUAAACUAUUGUUGGCUCUAAACGCAAAGGCUAAUGCUAACCAUAGUCGAGUGUUUUCUUUAACAUGUUACAUUAAUGUCAACUGAAAUCAGCGUGUUUGCAUGUGCUAACCUCUAACGUGUGAUCACAUAUGCUAAUGGGGGGUCAGAGUUUAGUACUGUAUACAUAUCGGUAUUUCUGCAUUCUGAAAUCUGUUAAUUGCUUUAAACUUUAAUUUCUGUUUAGGUUUGUCAAAGUGAAUGAUUAAUUCAGAGUUGCAGGCGGGAGUUGUUGGAACAAUGUAGCACUAAAUUAACAUCAGUUCUGUCUUUAGCAGAACUCAAACAGUGUGUCAGUGUUCGUAUUUUCAUUUGCACUUGAAACAAUGUUAUACUGAGGAGCGAUAGCACGGCUGCUAUAACACAGGCGGGAAAAGGAUUGUUUGCGUAGUUCCGCUUGCUAACUACAUCUCCCCUCCUCUAGUCUUCCACUAGCCUCACAGUUUGCGUAACAGCGGCUCACGGCCACCCUGUUCUAUUGACAUCGAAACCCAACAUUCCAUUUUAAUAUUGCUGUAAUGCAUUUUUGACUGUAUUUAAGUUUGUUUGUAUAUUUGGAGUUUACGUGUAAUAGUUUGGAUAUAUAUUGAACAAAAAUGACUAAAGUAUGCUUAAAUAUGUAUAUGUAAUGAUUCAUGUUAAAUGUACUGUAAAUUGUAAAAUUGUUUAAGAUUUAUGUGACCGUGUUUGGUUUACAAUAAAAUGUUAACUUUAUUA